AUGGCUACCCCGGUUGACAACCACCCUCGUCCUAAUCUCCACCCUCUAUGGAGCUCUCAGUAUAACCUCGGCGGGUUUCCUCGCUCAGGCGGCAGAGCUCCCGCCCCCAGUUCCUAUUACAGUUCUUCUGAUCGAUCACCCAAAAGUUUGCCUAUGCCCGUGUUCCCCUCCGACGAUGGGUCCAUGAGACAACACGAGCGAGCCAUGGUCGACCGUCUCAGCCAUAGAAUCCGCCAAGCACAACGUGUCGACCUCAGCCCGCCAAAGUCUGCUAAUCGGCCACGGCCCCUCUCCCCUCUCGCAGAACAUUCGACAAGCCAUGCGAGGCGGUACUCGGCCGCCGCACCUAUAAGUCCGCGCCGGCCGGGUCCUCCGCCUUCGGCAACCCCCGUAUCACCACCCGCCACCAGUAACAGGAGACAGACGCUCGCAUCCGAGACUCGAUCCAUGCUUCUAGCCGGCCUCGGCGAAGAGGUACAGCGACGGCAGUCAGAGGCCGGGACCAGCUAUUUCGCAAGGUCAAAAGACGCUGAGAAGCGUCUUCAUCUCGAACAACUAAGGGCAUGGGGCCACGUAUAUCUGGGUGAUGCCAAAACCUCCGACGUCUUUGUCCAAGCAGUGGCCCUCCGGCGGCAGUCUGAUGCCAGCACCAACUCGGACCUUUCGACCGGCGAUUCAUCACCCUCACACAUGCCGCCUACACCGACAACACCAUCUCACCAGACCUCGAUCCGUGCUCGCGUGCGCCCUCGCGCCCUGGAACGCAAGCCAUUUCUCAUCCAGCGCACCUUCGACAUUGAGCAGCUACGCUCCACUAUCCCAGACCCGUUGCCAAGCUCCCCUUCGGUAGAUCACAGGCGGCGGCCUUCGCUGCAAUCUCUCAAGACCGCGCCACUACCGAAUGUCUCAGCACCUCGGCCAAGCGCAGCACGUAGGAUGUCGAGCAGCGCGGCACUCAACCCGCUUCCUUACAGCCGUGGACUAAAAUCUGGAGAUGCCCGAACAGCUCCGUCGCGUGGCGUUACCACCAUGCCCAUUCAUCUCCAGUACGCCCGAACCUCACUCCCGGUGUUGGCAGCCCUCAUUGUUUCUGGUCACAUUACGACGGGAGACGUUAUCGAUCUGCCACUGCCCCAUCCCGAGGCCUGGCCUAGCACCGUCGCCUACGUGUAUACAGGACAAGGAGAGGUAACGGAUGCGGUGAGGGAAAACAUACUAUACCUUGCUGGAAAAGUUUAA